CUCCAAGAAUCUCGUGCUUUGUUUUCUCUCCUUUGCCCGCAUCAAAUCUCACAAGCAUUUUCCAUUACUAAAGGAAAAACAGCGAAGAAAAAGAGGAGGGGUUUUAAUUCUCUCUUAGCUCGGCUAUGACCCCUGCAGGGAAAGUUACUGGUUUUCACAAAGAGGGUAAUGACUGGUUCUGCAAUGCAGGGUUGCCAAGUGAUAUCACUGUUGUUGUGGAUGGUAUAAAGUUUCAUCUUCAUAAGUUUCCAUUGGUGUCAAAAUGUGGGAAGAUAGCACGAAUAUGUGAAGAAUCCUCUGAAAAGGCACUCGUCACAGUAUUAGAGGAAUUCCCUGGUGGUCCAGACACUUUCUUGAUUGCAGUAAAGUUUUGCUAUGGCUUACGGAUGGAAUUGACACCUAGAAACAUAGUAAUGGUGUAUUGCGUAGCAGACUAUCUUCAAAUGAUGGAUGAGUAUGGAGAAGAUAAUUUGCUUUCCAAGUCUGAGAACUUCUUCCACAAGAAUGUACUUCACAACUGGAAAGACUGUAUAUUGGCUCUUCAAAGUUCUGAUCCUGUUAUUGCAAGGGCUGAAAAGCUCCAGAUUAUAAGAAAAUGUUUGAGUGCUCUAUCCAUGAUGGUAUGCACAGAUCCUAGUUUGUUUGGAUGGCCCAUGAUGAUGUAUGGUAGCUUACAGAGCCCUGGUGGUAGCAUCCUGUGGAAUGGUAUAAACACUGGGGCAAGAAUCCGAAGCGCAGAAUCUGACUGGUGGUUUGAGGACAUCUCAUACCUUAGUGUAGGUUUGUUUGAAAGAUUGAUAAAUACAAUGGAAACCAGAGGCAUAAGACCUGAAAUUCUUGUGGGUGCAAUUAUGUAUUAUGGCAGGAAGUACUUACCGGGCCUGGGCAGGUGGAAGAGUGGACAAAGUGGGAAAACUAGAACAGUUGCCAGUUUUAGCUUGACACCUGCUGUUGUUGAUCAAAAGGUUUUGAUAGAAACCAUCGAGAAACUUCUCCCAGAGAAGAAGGGGAAAUCUUUUUGCUGUUUUUUAUUGGGACUUCUUCGAGUGGCACUGAUACUGGGUGUCAGUCAAAUGUGCAAGGACUCUUUAGAGAGGAGAAUAGGGAUGCAACUGGAAGUGGCUACCCUAGAUAGUCUUCUUAUUCCUGCGUAUUCAGAUUCUGAUACUUUGUAUGAUGUUGACUGUGUAGAAAGGAUCAUUCAUCAUUUCAUGUCUUCAGAAUCAAGGACUACAUCAUUUUCUCCACCAUCAUUGGACCCAGAAACAUCUCCGGCAUCUGAACCACUAAGAAAGGUUGCAAAACUGAUAGAUAACUACAUCGCAGAGGUUGCUUCUGAUGUAAAUUUGAAACCUAGAAAGAUACGCUUUCUUGCAGAGGCCCUUCCGGAAUCUUCAAGGCCAUUGCAUGACGGGCUUUACAGAGCACUAGAUAUCUACUUCAAGGCACACCCUUGGCUAUCAGAGAAGGAGAAGGAAGAACUUUGCAACACCAUUGACUACCAGAAGCUCUCCAUUGAUGCCUGUGCCCAUGCUUCCCAGAAUGCAAGGUUACCGCUUAGAGUGGUUCUUCAAGUCUUGUUCUUUGAGCAGAUGCAAUUGAGAACUGCCCUUGCUGGCUGUCUAAAUGUCUUGGACACUGAAAGUGCCCCUGCUGGUCCAAUGACCGUUCCUAGUGAAAUGGCGGGCCAGAUUGUGCAGAGAGAUGGGUGGAUAACAGUUGUGCGAGAGAACCAGGUUUUAAAGGGAGAUAUGGAAAGUAUGAGGUCUAGAGUUGGGGAACUUGAAGAAGAAUUUAAUAAAAUAAAACAGGAGAUGAAGAAAGUGACCAAAUCACAUAGCUCUCUUAGUUCCCCUCGCUUGGUUGCCAGGAAAAUUGGGUGCAAGCUUAUCCCACGAUCCACAGAUGCCCAGCCUGAUCCUGUUGACAGUGCUGGACCCACUCCCAGAACAUCUGUUGAACAAGCACGCCGCUCCCACCAUUCGAGGCACCGGAAGAGUUUCUCUUUGUUUUGAGAGUAACACAAGGACACUGAAGACUGAUUUGAUGCAUAGAAGGUGUGCUAGUUCUACAAGGCAGGGCAAAGAGGAUCACAGUUUCGUAUCACAGAAUUGGUUUCAAAUUGUAUGGAAAAUGGAAUGCAAUUUCUCCUCAUCCUCGUUGAAGUGUACUUCUUUCGAAAAUAUCUGACCAUCUGGAAAGGGAAAUCUAUUAGACUUCUCGAACCACAGGAUUAUGGAAAGUCCUAUAGUGCUUUUUAAAAGCAAUAUGCUCCAAUCCAAAUCUGGACUCGUAGAGAAAUGUUACACCAGAUUUAGAAUGGAGCUGUCAUACAUCAUGUAUUUAUCAUAGAAGAAAAGUGUAGUUACUUUUUGUUUGUGGUUUUUCUGGCACCCUUUUACGGCCCAUACGUGUAUAGCUCUGUGAAUUGUUUUUUAAGAUUGCCAAACGUUGGAAAUAUAUCAUAAAACUCAUGUUGCAUGUUUGAACUUC